GACCUGGAGCUCUUCUGUCCCGUACGUCUGCUGCCCGCAUCUUCUGUGUGCCUAUGCGUGUGCUGUGUCUGAUGGUAACCUAUGGAUUGACGGAGGGGGAGGCUAUUGUUAUCAGCCCGGUGGCUUGUUCUGCUGGAGCUGCACUUUUACCAGAGAAUGCCCAAAGCAAACGGAGCUGUUCCUGCACGGAUAGCGCAGAAAUACACCAGAGAAACAAGAUAUUGACAUGAAGAAAGACAUUGAGAGUCUAAUAGCAGAAGAACGAGCUGAUAUCAUCUUGAAAUAUGCUACGGGCAGGCAGGGUGGGGUGGAGAUCUACCCCUGGGAGGAUGCUGACUACAGCAUCUACAAAGUCAUCGACCGCUUCGGCUUCAUGCAUGAAGAUGAGCUGCCGGCACCAACUGCACACGAAGAGAAGCUGAAGCAGCAGGAAAUUGAGAGAGCAGAGAAAUGGCUGAAGAUGGUGAAGAAGUGGGAUAAAUACAAGAACAGUGACAGGAUGGUAAAACGAGUGUACAAGGGUAUUCCCCUGCAGCUCAGGGGCCGGGCUUGGGCACUGAUGCUGGAUGUGGACAGGACCAAGAAGGAGAACGAGGGCAAAUAUGAGAAAAUGAAGGCGCAGGCCAGACUGUGCUCAUCUGAGAUCAAACAGAUCGACCUGGACAUCAACAGGACUUUUCGAAACCAUAUCAUGUUUAUGGAUCGCUUUGGAGUCAAGCAGCAGGCUCUAUUCCACGUCCUCUCUGCGUAUUCAGUCUACAACACUGAGGUGAGCUACUGCCAGGGCAUGAGUCAGAUUGCUGCCCUGCUGCUCAUGUACAUGAAUGAGGAGGAUGCUUUCUGGGCCCUGUCACAGCUGCUCACCAACCAGAAACAUGCCAUGCAUGGCUUUUUUGUUCCAGGCUUCCCAAAACUUCAGAGAUUCCAGGCACAUCAUGAUCAGAUUAUUACCAAACUCAUCCCCAAGCUGAAGAAGCAUCUGGACAAGGAGCAGAUGUCUGCAGGCAUUUACAGCACUAAAUGGUUCCUCCAGUGUUUUAUUGACAGGACACCGUUCACCCUGACCCUUCGCCUGUGGGACAUUUACAUCCUGGAGGGAGAGCGGCUCCUCACUGCCAUGUCUUACACCAUCCUCAAGAUACACAAGAAGCGUCUCUUGAAGAUGUCCCUGGAGGAACUGAGAGAGUUCUUGCAGGAGCGCAUCGCUCAGACUUUCUUCUACAGCGACGAUAUGAUCAUUGAGCAGCUUCAGGCCUCCAUGGCUGAGCUGCGAAAGAUGAAGCUGGAUCUCCCUCCUCCAGGGAAGCCUGAGGAGCUGCCUUGUAAGCCGCUAGGCCAGGAGCUACCCGUGCUGCUGAAUCCAGUCCAACCCUCUGGAGGGAAGCAAUCUUCAGCUAGCGGGUUCCCCAAAGCCAGCCUGUGCCUCCGUGUUAUCUCCCACCAGCCAGACUCCAUAUCUCCAGACCAGAGCCCCUCCAAGGACCUUGUGAAUCUUGAAGCUGUGGAAAAAGAGGAGACGCCGUUGCCUUCCCCAGAUCCUAUCAUCAUCCACAGUCAAGCCUCACUCACCCCUGACAGCUCCCCACUAACAGGGCCUCCACCUUACCAGCCCCCAGGGAGCCAAGCGGUAGUUGCGGAUCAUCCGUCACCACUGUCAGACCAGACGAGGGAUGGAAUGCAACCUGACCCAGAUGUCACGGCAGGACUUCCAUCACCUUCAGAAAUAACCAGUGCACCACCCUCAGCCUCUACAGAUGACCCUUCUGCAGCCGCUUGCUUGGCUUUCAGUACUGAUCAGUUCUCCUGCACGGUCCCGCGGACUCUUUCAGCGCCCGUGACCCAGGCAGCCUCGCUGGCUUUGGGCCUGGCCCAGUCUGAGAGCCUGCCUGCAGCAAAGAGGGUCCAGUUGCUGGAGCGGGCCUCAGCUCUGACCACAAACAGGGACACGAACCAGGACCUGAGUGCAGAAUCAGAGCAAACAUGGGCUGCCGAUAUUUCAUAAGAAGAACGGCAAAGUAUAGAUCACUAAUUUAUUCAUAAUGCUCUUACAUGUAAAACGAUCAAGUUUGUGUUUUGGUCAAGAAUUAGUUUGAUUUAUCAGUCAGAUUUAUAGUGUUAAGCAAUGAUCUGCUUUCAGUUUCAAGAUCAGUAUUGGUUAAAAGUUAUUGUCAAUUUUAAAACUAACUUUCUGAAGCGUUUUGAAGUGGCUAAAAGAAGCCGUUUCCUCCUUUAGUCAUUCCACUCCAUUUUCAUGUUAGGUGAUGUUGUGUUACAUUUUUACCCUGAAAUGUUACGCUGUAAUACAAAUACAGCAUCAAUGAGGUCCUCAGAGACAAUAUAUAGAUGUAAUAAAAGGCAGGUGGAUUUGUUUGGUUCUGAAACACUGAUCAGGAAGACAGCACCUAUGUGUAUCAUCACAAGGGUCUCAUUUUGACCCUGACAUAUGACCAUUUAAAGUUUACCCAGAAUGCCCAUUUUGAAAUUUCUUCUAUGUUGUAUCAGAAAACAGGUAAAGCACCAGGCUACCAGUGCUUGUUUCUGUUACUCUGUAUCACGAUGAAUUGGUACAGUUUUGUUAGUGCUGAACAAAAAAGCGAUUUUGGUUGCUGAAGUACCUGUAAACUGCUUAUAAAAAUGUUUUUGAGCCAAUGAGGUUAGCUCCUGUACUUCUAAGGGCUUAAAAAUGCAGAAAAACGACAAAUGAAAAAGCACCAGAUUUAAACCCACCUCCAUUUACUUUGAAGGCCUGUAACUCUGAAAAAUAUCAGCAGAUCCUUGGGGGGUGGGGGGGUGGAUCAGUUUGUUUCUUCUCUCCACUGGAGCAGAAGUGGACACCAACCUUCCCACUUUAAUGAAGCAUAAAAAGGUAGUUCAGUACCAGCUAAAAUCCCUGACCUGUGGAAAACCUCUUUACCCUCCACCACAGCUCUACCUUGAUGGUCCCGUAGAUUACUAUGUAUAAUCUUUAGGCACAGAGCAUUUUUUGAUAUUUCUCAGAGUCACACAGCCUGAUUAAUUAAAACUGCUCAUCUGCUUUAAUCACACGAUAUUCUUGAGUUUUCAAUGUCUGAAUUAGCUGGAAAGUCAAAGGACUCAGUCUUCAGCAUCAUCCUUUAAGACACAGGAAACCUUUUUGUACUUUUGUAAAAUUUUGUCUGCUUAGUCUAAGCCUUUGUAAAGUGUUUGCUAGCAGAGUUACCGGUUUAUUUUUUUGUAAUAACGUCUCAAUGCCUUAUUUGAAUUGGCCUCAGCUCUCCACUGGACCUUGUUGAACCUGACUCUGUAUCAGGAAACAGAAGCAACUUUCCGGUGUUGGACUGAUCGUACGAACCUCUGAUGUGGUGAGCUGGCUCACUGUUAUGACUGUACACACUGAAACCUAUUGAGCUCAUUUCAAAGAAGUGCUUUUUUUUCUAGCUCUGUAAUUUAUUGUUCGUAUUGUCUUAGAAAAGGCAUUUUGUGUGUUUCUUCCUUGAAGCGUGAAAAGUUUUUUUUUUUUUUAGUUUUUCCCAUCUUGCUUAAAGGGAACUGAAUGUGUAUGUAUCAGAUGAUUUGAACAUGUGUUUAAUAUUGUACAGUGCUGUAGAACCAGUAGGUAGACAGCUGGGACUACUUUGUCCAUCUGAAGGUAGAAAAUAUUCUGUGCUUAGAAAUAAUGAAAUGCUGCCAUCUUAUGGUUAGUUUAGAUUAAGAGUGUCUCGAGUUAUAGACUAGCGAGGAGAGUAGAAAUGUUCUAGAAUUUUUUUCCAAAUAAAUCUAACCAGAUCUUA